GCUAGCCCCUAGGCUAGGGCUAUAGUAAAGCAAAAGCAACACUGCCUUUCUGGAGUUGUUACAGGAAUUGUUUCCGACUUCAAGUACUUGAAGAAUGUAUUAUUUCACUACAUCUGCCUUCACAACACCUGUUCAGCAUUUAUAAAAGAUUGUCGAAUCUCAGUGUGUGUAAUUAUGUCUGUGUCCUGAAUUAGAUUCUGUUCAUCAGUAUGUCUGUUUUUACGCCAGUCCCAGACUGGUUCUGUUGCUAUAACUCUAUAAUAAAAGUUGAAAUCUGAGAUAGUGAGAACUUUGGCAGUUCUGUGAUUCAGGAUUGUGUUUUCAGCUACCCUGGUUGCUUUGUGUUUUCCACAUGAAGUUCAAGACUGCAUUUUCACGUUUGUGAAAAAUUGUGUUGUAUUGCUCCAGCUAAGACUUCAGGUGCUAUACUGAGUGAGCAGAGUUAUACUGAAGAGAGUGGGUAUCAUUAACUUGCCCUGAUUUUAGUGGAAAUGAUUGUUUUUCUCUUUUUAGGAUGAUACUGCCAUGGAGUUGCUGUAAAUCACUUUUAUCAUGUUGAAAAAUGUCCGCUGUGUCCAUAGUAUCUUCAGAACUUUUAUUAUGAAGGGACAUUGAAUUUUGUCAGAGGCCUUUUCUGCAUCUAAUGAGAUAAUCACGUGCAUUUUUAUUUUUUAGUUUGUUUACAUGUAUUAUUGCAUUUAUUGGUUUGCCUAUGUUUAACCACCCUGCAUAUCUCAGAUGAAGCCAACUUGGUCUUGGAAUAAUCCAUCAAAAUGUCAGGUGAGAUCCCCACAGCCCCUGAGCAGCCUACAGAAGAAAUGGAAAAUCGAAUAAAAUCACCAACCGCUGUGUCUGAUACUUCUCCUUACAACAAUUCUCUUUGUGUACCAGGCCCUGCUGGACCAGCUGCCCCUCCACCUGCAGGCUUGCCUAUGGGAUACUACAUUCCCCAGCAACCCGGUGCCAUCCCUUUGUACCACCCCAUCGGUGGCAUCCAUCCAAUCCAGUACCAGCCUGGCAAAUAUCCUCUGACGAAUCAGCAUGCUCCCAUAAUGUGGAUGCCAGGGCCAGCUCCUAUGCCCAACUGCCCUCCUGGUCUGGAAUACUUAGCUCAGUUGGACAACAUACAUGUUCUUCAGCAUUUUGAGCCUCUGGAAUUGAUGACAGGUUUUGAAACAAAUAACAGAUAUGAUAUCAAGAACAACAUGAACCAGAUGGUUUAUAUCGUAACUGAAGACACAGAUGACUUUACCAGGAAUGCCUAUCGGAGCUUACGACCCUUCGUGCUCCGGGUCACUGACUGCCUGGGCCGAGAGAUCAUGACCAUGCAGAGGCCUUUUCGGUGCACAUGUUGCUGCUUCUGCUGCUCCUGUGCAAGGCAAGAGCUGGAAGUACAAUGUCCUCCUGGGGUCACCAUUGGCUUUGUUUCAGAACACUGGAACUUAUGCAGAGCCUCUUAUAGCAUCCAGAACGAGAAGAAAGAGAAUGUGAUGAGGGUGCGUGGUCCAUGUGCAACCUACGGCUGUGGCUCAGAUUCUGUUUUUGAGAUCAACUCUCUAGAUGGUGUGUCUAACAUUGGCAGUAUUAUCAGGAAGUGGAAUGGCUUUUUAUCAACGAUGGGAAACGCGGACCACUUCGAGAUUCUCUUCCCUUUGGCCCUGGAUGUGAAGAUGAAAGCCAUGAUUUUUGGCUCUUGUUUCCUCAUUGACUUCAUGUACUUUGAACACCCGCCUCCUCAGCGACAUCAAUCAAUAUAGAAGAUCAAAUAAAUCAUCAGUUGAAGACUGAAUUAGAGAAAUUUGCAUUCGGCUUAUACAUAGCCUUCAGUUAUUAGCAAGUGUAUUUCUCUGGCUUGACAUGUGUCUCAGUUGAGUAUUUAGCUUCUUGGUACUCUGAAGUCUCUGCUUCAUUAGCCAAAUAAGCAUAUACAAAUACAAGCAUUACAACUGUAGGCAUGUGAGCUAUGGGCAAAGGAAGCCCUUAGUUCUCAACUUAAAAGGUCAUAACACAUCUCUAUCUGUCCCUCUCUUCUUCACCGGGACAAACUUGAUUCCAGGUGAGAGGACUGAUACUCUUACUCUUUAUCUUCAGGAGCCAAAAGGUGCACAGAAAUAAUGUGCUUUAAUGUGCAAAGAAAAUGUUUCUUGUGUGCGUGCACCAGAACAUCAUUCUGCAAUGUGCAUAAAAUUUGAUAAAGUUCUUAGUGGGGAAUUUUAUUUUAUUACAAAAUAAAAUGUAUUGUCUUUAUAGGCAGUUUAUAUUUUCUAUGCAUAUUUCUUAAUACCCUCAACUGGGCAAUGUGAAACUACCUGUAUAUGAAGGUAGGAUGAGGGAAAGGUUGAUCAGGGUUACAGCCAAAUAAGGCCUUGGCAUCUUACAAACCUUGUGCAUUUGCGUACUCAGCAGAUUUAGUGUGGACUCUCAUAUUUACACAUGCCUUAUAUCCUAUGUGUAUCCUGAUGUCUGGAAUUACCUAUUGUAUUUUUGAAUCUUGUUUGAUAUUUUCUUUUUUCUUUUUUUGAAAUCCAUCUAAUGACCAGGAUGUCCUUGUGAUGAACCGUUUAUAAAUGCUGAAUGUAUAAAUCCUGUCAUUGCUUUAAUACUGGUGGUUGCUGUACAUGCUAAACAACUCAUUAUAUACAAGCAGUAAGGGAACACAGUAAAUAUGUUGUUUCCUUAUUUUCUCCAGAUUAGCAAUGAGGACUAUGGAAGAGGAGUAGAGUACUUAUUUGCACUAAGGACAGUGUUUUUAUGAACCCACUGAUUUGAUUAUUGAGUUUCAUGCCUUUCCUUUUGACCUCCACAUAGAUUGAAUGUGGUGUUUUUUAAUAUAUAUGUUCUUUUACAGUUUAUUAAAAAAGGAUUAAGUGCCCUUGGGUUGAGCUAUCCUAAGAGAUUUAGCCAACCGAUCUUUUUGAACUAGCAGACAGGUGCUUCAGCUUUAAUUAUACUAAUGUUUUUAUGAGAAAGAUUGUUUUCCUCAGUUAUUUACUUGCUGCUGUUGAGUUUUAUAAAAAAAAAAAUCACAAAUUCUUAACUAAAAACUAAUUACCUUAUAUUUUAGAAUGCACCUCUACUUUUAACUAGACAUACAUGCUUUCUGUAUGAUAUCUUGUAUUUUGCAUAUAAACCAGAUAACCAGCAUUCUGAGAGCUCAGGUAUAAACCUGUCCUUUUGCCCACCCACACCCCAUUCUAAUAGUUGCAUCACACUGACAGUGAGGGUCAGAAUACUUUGUAUUUCUCUGCUCCUUACUUCAGUGUUUAUGAUGCUAAUACUUCUCUAACAGCAAAAUUCUUUAACAUAAUUCAUGCAGCGUCUAUAACUCAGUAGAAUUUCAUUGUAUCAAGACAACCUACUUAACUAAAAGAAAAUAAACAGAACUUUUUUCUAAAAGUAGAGUUUAUCAUGGAAAAUUUUAUAUAGAUAUAAUAAUGGUAGGCAUAAAAGUAUUCCUAAGUUGAUUAAAAGUAGAAUUAUAAACAUUUUCUGAUAAACUUGAAGAUUUACAUGGAAUAUGUUUCUGAUAUAAUUGUAGAAAUAUAUAGAAAAACAUGUUAAAAUUAAAGAUUAUCAUGAAAAUUAUAUAGAUAAAAUGAUAGGCAUAAAGAUAACUCUAAGUUGAUUGAAGAUAUCUAUAUAAAAAUUUCCAUGAUAAUCAAUUCUAACAUGUUUUUCUACAUUUUUUACAAUGUUAUCAGAAAUAUUUUCCACGUAAAUCUUCAAUUCUAUCAUAAAAUAUAUCUAUCCCAUAUUAAUUAAUUUAGUAAUGUUUUACCUGUCUACCACUUUACUCCUUAAUUUUCCAUGAAAAUUGUCAAUUUUAACGUCUUUAUCUGAAAUAUUUUCCAUGAAAUCUUUAAUUUUAUCAUAAAGUGUUUUU